GUCCAGUGUGCGAGUAGUCUCACUUUGGGAGAAGCUGAGACAGAAGAAGCAAUCUGCCUGAAGGACAAAUGCCCAGUUAAUGUUUAUAUAAAAUGUCUUUACUUGGAUAUGUACUUCUGCUUACAGCUGCCUUAUGCUGUACUGCAGCACCAGCAGCGCCUGACGAUUUAAAGUCAUGCAAGAAGCCAGACAGAAGGGUAGAAGCAGAACUGCUGGGUGACUGGGAAGCUGAGUCAUAUCCUGAAAAUGCUGAAGCAGUUUUCCAAUGCCGACCUGGAUAUACUCGCCUUGGAUCGAUUAAGAUGAUUUGCAAAUCAGGAAAAUGGCAAACGUAUACAAAGGGUCAAUGCAAAAAAAAAUCUUGUGGACAUCCAGGUGACAUCCCAUUUGGAUCAUUUCAGUUGAGCAAUGAGGAAUCAUUCAUUUUUGGAGCUGUUGUUCAAUACUUUUGUGAUGACGGGUAUCAGAUGGUGAGCAAAGAAACAAAGAGGCAAUGCACAGCUAGUGGUUGGAGCAAUUACCUUCCUCACUGUGAAGUUAGGAACUGUCCACCAGUUGAUGCUACAGACAAUAUUAAUGUUAUAUCCACUUCAUAUGAUGAAGAGUAUUCUGUUGGUCAAGUGAUUCGAUUUGAAUGCAAAGACCCAAAGCUUAAGCUGAAUGGACCUUCUGAGAUUUUCUGUACAUCAGAAGGAAAAUGGAAUUCGGAACCACCAACGUGUGUCGUGAUACGUUGCACAGUUCCAGUUAUAGAUCAUGGAAGUGUCCAAAAUUCAAGAAAACAAGUCUACUCAAAUAAUGAAGUGAUGCAAUUUACAUGUAAGACGGGAUUUCAAGCAAAUAGAAAUGGACAAUCUACAUGCACUAAAGAUGACUGGAUUCCUAAACCCUCUUGUGAAGAAAUACUGUGCAGUCCAUAUGAUCCUGUGGUAAAUGGAAAAUUGGUUGGAACGGAAACUCGAUACAGAUUUGGAGAUACAAUCGAUGUUCAAUGUGAAGAAGGUUAUGCUCUUCAAAUAGAGCCCAAUAGACGUCGUGAGUGCACAGCAAAUGGCUGGUCUCCAUCUACUCGCUGUGUUAGUAAAAAAUGUGACAGACCUGACAUAAAACAUGGAAUUAUUUACAAUGAUUACCAUUAUUAUUAUCCGAAAGAAGUUGGAAGAUAUUUAGAAUAUUAUUGUGAGAGCAAUUAUCAGCCAAGGGGGUGGACAAGAAUCUCCUGUACUAAGACUGGAUGGGAACCUGAACCAAAAUGCUCACGAGAAUGUUCAUAUAGAGAUGCUUAUUUUGAAAAUGCACAACUUAUAGAUCUGAAGUCAGUUUACGUGGAAGGACAUAAAGUGCAGUUCAGGUGCACAAAUAAUUAUCAAACACCAGAUGGAAAGAACUAUGGAGAAAGAACAUGUCUUCCUAAUGGAAAAUUUACUCCAGCCAAAUGUUCUGUAACAUGCACGGCUCCCCGACUUCACAAUGGGAAAUUCAACCAAAUUAAAAAUCAAUAUGAGAUUGGAGAAUUUCUGCAGUAUGAAUGCAAUAAAGGUUAUAUGACAGAAAGGAGACAUCUUUCUGGCAAAUCUCAGUGUCUUGAGGGAAGAUGGCACGAAGCUCCUCAAUGUAUACCUAUUACUUGUCAAUAUAAUCGCCAAUCAUUUAACGAUGGGGAUAUUAUUAAAUAUAGAUGUCCCUCUGGGCAAAAGCCAAGAAGUGACAUUGGCCAGUGUUAUUAUUAUGGCUGGGGUCCACCGCUGGAAUGUCAAGAUAUUGAGUGCUCCAUUCCAGAGUCUUCAAAUCUCGUACUAAGCCCUUUUGAUAAUAGUUAUAAAAUUAGAACGAAGGUAUCAUUUUCAUGCAAGGGACGCUUCGUUAGAUCUGGAUCUUUGGAAAGCGUUUGCACAGAAGGAGGCUGGAAUCCACUUUUACCCACCUGUAAAGAGGAAACAAUUGUCCAGCCGCAACCCACUGACCAACCAUCAGAUGGCAAUAAAGAGCAAGGGCAGAAACCCACUGACCCACCAGUAGAUGACAAUAAAAAGCAAGUUGAAUUUCCUACUGAACCAGAUUCGGUAUCUCCGGAUUUAAAGGAUGAGAAAGUUGAAAUUCCUACUGAACCAGAUUCUGUAGCUCCAGAUUCAAAGGAUGAGAAAGAAAAAAGACAAAAAUGUCCUAUUGCGUACAGUCCACAAAAUGCUGAAAUUAUAGAUCCAAAGGAAGAAUAUUACAGUAAUGACAUUGUUACCAUGAAAUGUGCCAGAGGAUAUAAGAUGCAUGGCUCCCCAAAAGUUCAGUGCGUUGAAGGAAAAUGGGAACAACCUCCAGAGUGCAUCCGGGCUAUACAGUGCCAGAAUCCACAGAAAAUAGAAAAUGGUAUCAUUGAAUCCUCUAACCAAGAAAUAUAUGCAACUGAUGAUGUUGUAAAAUACAUCUGCAGAUCAGGAUUUCACAUCAGUGGGUCAGAUCAAAGCACUUGCGUGAAUGGACACUGGUCAGCAUUACCAACAUGCACAGAAGAUGCAUGUGUUGAGGCUCCAAAUAUUCAACAUGGAACGGCAAUAGAAAAGAAGACAACUUUCAGCCAUGGUGAAAGAGCUAAAUAUAAGUGUGACAACGGUUUCCGGUUUAAAGAUGUAGAUGCAGCAAGUUGUGUAGAAGGACAGUGGAUGAACAUUCCAGUGUGUAUUUCAACAUCUUGUAAAUCGCUACCUAAAGUUCUGAAUUCCAAACUUAAAGGAGGAACUAAAUCCAGUUAUGCAUCUGGUGAAAAAGUUACUUAUGAGUGUAAUUCUGGUUAUUCCCUGGAAAGAUCAGGAGAAGCACAAUGUGACAACACAAAUUGGAUUAAUAUACCAGUGUGCAGAAGAACUGGAGAGCAGUGUGGUCCACCACCAACUGUGCAAUAUGGAGACACUGUGGAGAUUAGAAAAGUUGGCUAUAGAUCUGGUGAAAAGGUGGAAUUUAGAUGCCCAGAAUAUUAUAUUCUUGACGGAAAUAGGUUUGUCACAUGUUUGAAUGGUGUCUGGAAUGAAGCACCAGUUUGUAUAGAGCCGUGUACUGCAAAGGAAAGGGACAUGGAAAGGAAUAAUAUACAACUAAAGUGGAGAUCUGAUAGAAAGCUUUACAGUAGACAUGGUGAACCUACAGAGUUUGUUUGUAGACCUGGAUAUGAAGCUCUUCCUGACACACAGAUGAGAAUUACUUGUGAUCAAGGAAAUCUGGAAUAUCCAAAAUGCUUCAAGAGAGGAAUUGGAGAGCAGUGUGGUCCACCACCAACUGUGCAAUAUGGAGACACUGUGGAGAUUAGAAAAGUUGGCUAUAGAUCUGGUGAAAAGGUGGAAUUUAGAUGCCCAGAAUAUUAUAUUCUUGACGGAAAUAAUUUUGUCACAUGCUUGAAUGGUGUCUGGAAUGAAGCACCAGUUUGUAUAGAGCCGUGUACUGCAAAGGAAAGGGACAUGGCAAGUAAUAAUAUACAACUAAAGUGGAGAUCUGAUAGAAAGAUUUACAGUAGACAUGGUGAGCUUAUAGCGUUUAUUUGUAGACCUGGAUAUGAAGCUCUUCCUGCCACACAGAUGAGAAUUACUUGUGAUCAAGGAAAUCUGGAAUAUCCAAAAUGCUUCAAGAGAGGUUUUUGUGUAUUACAACAAUCGACUAUGCUUGCCAAUAAUAUUCAUUACAAUCUGAGCACUGUAGUGGACCAUGGUCAAACAAUCCUAUUUCAGUGUAAUGACGGAAUGAUGGCAGAAAAUAAACUUGAAGCCAAAUGUGAACAGAGAAAGAUAAACUAUCCGAGAUGUACUGCUGCAAAAAGUUGCAAGACUCCAGAAAUCCUAAAUGGGUUUGUUAAAACAGAACAACAGGCCAAUUAUGACUCCGGCUCAUAUGUGGAAUUUGACUGCAAUGAAGGAUAUGUGAUAAAUCUCGCUAUGAAGGUUAAAUGUGAAAAUGGUCAGUGGAGUAAACUACCAGUAUGUUACAGUCCAUGUAAAAUCUCCUCAGAAGAUCUCACUAAACAUAACAUUCAGCUACUUUCAUCUAAUGACCAAAAAACUAUUCCUGAUAAAAAUUAUAAACAUGGCACAGAAAUAAGUGUUGUUUGCAUGUCAGGAUUUAGACGAUCGACUAACGCAGCUUUGGUGCUCGAAUGUUAUGAUGGGAAAUUUAGGUAUCCAAGGUGCUUCUCUGGAAGCACAUGUCGUAUACUUCAAGAUGAUCUUGAUGAAAACCACUUAGAAUUGGACGAUGUGCAUGAUAAUGAAGUAUUCUAUGCCGAAGGUGAAGUAAUCCAGUAUAAAUGUAAGAAUGGAUUCUACUAUCAUGGUCAACCAACUGGAAAAUGUUCAGAACAAAAAAUGAGCUAUCCAAAAUGUACAGAAUCAUCAAUGCGAUUAGAGUAACUACAUACAGGAUGUAAAGUUGACGCCUGCAAAAA